ACACCUUCUUCAACGGCGAGGCAACGAAGCGUCUUUCUUAGCAAGGUUGGUGAUCAUGUCUACCCAGGCGCCACCUGCGAUGGAUCAUAUCUACGACACAUCCAAAGUUGUCGAAGGCGUAAAGCUGCCAAGCUUGGAAGUUUUAGAGGGUUAUGACACGUGUCCGGAGGCCGAGUUUCUUGUAUGGCCCGGCCCUGGGUCGCUUCGCGACAUCGCGGUCCUGGACACCGCGGGGCUCCCAGUUGAGGCCUUCGCAAGACGGCAGCCGUUUGCUUCUUUCGGCCCCGGCGAUGAGCCCACGUCCUUCCAUCGUAUCGCAUCACUACCUGCAGUGUACCCUCUGGUCUCUCGCUUGACCAUCGAUGUCGACAACCUUGAGGAGCUUCAAGACACAUGCUGCCGGAUGGCCGAGGAGCACGACUUCGAUCGCGACGACGGUGCCGACGAAGAUGAUGAAACAGACGAGUACUGUAUUUGCGAGGGCUGCAAAGAACACCCCUUCAGGUACUACAAGAAUCUACCCAAGCUCCACGUGGAAGCCAAGGCGAAGCCGUAUGUCACUCUUGGCGACGUCGUGCUCGCCGUCAACGACUGGCUUCCCAAGAUCUGGGACGACAUACGCCUUGCCGACACUAUGACCAACGAAAGUUGGGGUGACCAGUAUCCCUUGGCACCCGCGAACACCAAGUUUUGGUUGAAUGGCGACUCUCUCUGCUCUUCGGUAUACCUCAUUCGACAAGGGCCGGAUGGUGCCGGAAAUCAGGAAGACAGAGAAACACAUUGGCGGGAGGUCGCCGCUGGAGUGCUGAAGUCCAAGAGAAAUCUUGGUCAUAAGGCUGUUGAUACGCAGUAGAUAGUACAUGUAACAUGUAGAGGGAAGUGGGGGUUGGGAAGCCUAUCCCGUCAACUGCUGGAGAUGGCGUGACUACGUCCGUCUCCAGUGACUCUCUAACUUCAUUAUAUUUCGACAUUAUCGAUAGACGGAUAUGACUGAAAUAGGGUCGAUUUAUCAUUUCCCCCCUUGAUAAAAGCACGUAUCCAUGUACUGGCGCUAUUUAGCAGUUGAUGGGAUAACAGUAACUCUUUCCAAGCUUUAAGUGGGUUUGACAAUCCAACCCCUAGUAUCGAAUCGGAUACGUGAGACUCUCAACUGGCUUAAAUUAUUUCUUGUAAAUCGAUGGUCCUCAACUUUGAUAUCUUUCAAAGCUCCCGUAAUCCCAGCCUUUCACAAGUUCCC